AUGAUGAACAGCACUUUUCAAUCGAUGGUUUUCUACGAUACGCCCGACUCACUCUCUUUGCAAGAGAUGGUGGAGUGCGACAGCCGCGAAAUGGAUUUUAACUUGAACGAUCCACUGUUUCAACUGCAAGAUAACGCAUUAUAUCAGGACGUUCAACACACGAUGACAGUGAAGCAAGAAAGGCCCAGAACGGAAUGUACGCCUGCAGGCGACUUGACCAACUUGCAAUGGCUGCAGAGCGUUAGCAUACCCAUGGAGAAAAACUCGGCCACGGAGAAACAAGUCAUGGUGGAUCCCAACACUGCCUUACCUGUGCAGUGGCCGACUCACCAGCAACAAGUUAAUAUGUCCCAAGUACCGCAACUGAACGUUACGGCUGUUCCAGCUCCACAAAUUUUUCAGGCACGUGCAGCGGACUCGAAGCCCAAAACGUCGCAACACGGGCCGAAAAACGGCGUUAAAGAAAGCAUAAAAUCGCAGGAUAAACCGUACCCCAAGCCGCUGUUCUCGUAUUCCUGUCUUAUCGCCAUGGCCUUGAAGAACAGUGAUUCAGGCACACUCCCCGUCAGUGAAAUUUACAAGUUCAUGAUGUAAGUUUCAUUUGGCGCUUAAAUGGACCAUGUCAAUUUCAUAAAUUUAUAUUUCGUGCGCGAACUGAGGUUUGAUAUUUUGCUUUAUUUUGCGUUGUACAGGGGCAAGUUUCCGUAUUUUAAGACCGCUCCCGAUGGGUGGAAGGUGAGUGGUAAUGUAUUUAUCGAAUCCAUUCUUCGCAUGGCCGGUACCUGCGAAGUUUGAAUUUAAAAACAUUUGCUCCAUAGGUAGUAACGGCUCACGCUACACAUAUUCGUCGGUGAAUAGUGAAAAAAUUCCACAAAAUUUGACCAUCUUUUCGGUUUUUCUCGAUAAAGUGAUUAGAUCUUCGGAAGUUAUGGGCUAACUUUGAAAACUUUACUCUCCUUAUCUCAACGGUUUCCUGCAACUCCGCACUUGAAUGGUUUUCCUCGCAGCAUUACAAUGGCUUCCGAACAGCUGACUUCGAAUCGUUUGCAAAAUUCUCGGUUUUUUACCUCAAAGAAAUCGGCUAUUCUUUUUGCUUAUUUUCCAUUAAGGCGAAAACUCGUAUUAAAACCAGAAAUAGGUGAUAUGAGAGAAUUUCGUUGCGUUUUAUUUUCUUAUUUCUUCAUGACAGCUCGUGAUAUUCGUGUUUACUGAAUCGGAUGUAACACAAUGGAUUUAAUGGACGAAUAGGAAGUGUUGUGAGCGAACUUCUUAAUAUUUUGUUCGUUCGAUCGUUGAUUCUAUUUGAGGUUAAGUUUCCGAAUCGAAUGAAUCAAGACAUGGUAAUAAAUUGCUGACGAAAUCGCGAACAAAAGAGUAUGUCAAAAUGGGUAUUCAAAACAACGUUCAUGUCAUAGAUAAUUCGCGAAUUGAUUUCACACGAGGCUUGCGGAAAGACCUGAUCUUCAUUUUCCAAUCUUUCUGGACAGCCCUUUCAGGGAAACAAUCGCAACUUCGCCUUCGUUAACUUUAGCACACAAAAUAUUUUCGAGAUUUUUUAUGAUAGAAAGAGGCAGAUAUCGUAGUCAUGCUCAAUUCGAAUAGUAAGUUAGAGCCAAGGGUGGGGCAUGAUUUUUAUAUACGGGAGGUCGCAUGACAAUUGCAUACGAAUUCUUUAGUCUUUUUGCGAAAACUUCGUAUUUUAGAACUUUUCUUGCUUAAAUUAUCGCGCAUUCUGUUCCCUUAAUGUCGAAGGCACGAGACCGAGGGUAUAGCAACAAACUUCACCCGGUAUGUUGAGACUUCGGCUUUCUUUAGCUAUAAUUUUAAAAUUUUCGGUUCAACGAUUUCAUGCUCUUUUACGAGACACGAAAACAAAUCAAACCGAUUUUAUCAAAAGAAGGUUUCGCCAGAAGUGAAAACAAGGAAUUCGUGCAAUCCAAAAAAAUAUAUAUUUCUCCCCAAAUAAGUUGUUUCUUUUUUAAGGUUUCCUUUCGUUACAACAGGUGGUUGAUGUUUUGAAUAAUUUAUGUCAUUCUAAUUAAGGUCUGUAUUCCAAGAAGAUGCUGCAUAUUAAAUUUUGAAUUCCUUUUUCCAAUUUUCUUCCUUCACCCAAAAGGAAAAAAAGAAAUCAUAAAAUCCACAGACAAUAAAAUAAUCAUGGCGUUUUUAAAGAAUUUAGCCUCAAGAUAUAUUUUAAAUCUAUCAUUUGUAGAGUAAUAAGGUGGUUGAUUGUCGAAAACCUAUUUAUAUUUCUCUAGAAUUAAAGCUUUGUCGACCCUAUAAUUUUUCUAGCAUUUAGAUAUUUUCUGUGAAUACUAGUUUUCCACAAAACUUGGAUUUCUUUGUGUUAAAAGCCAAGUGAGAAUUUUAUCACAGGCAUUGUGAAACAUUUAAUUCAAAUCCAUUUUGUAGGAAAUACACUUCAGUGAGCACUUCCUAAAUGUAAAUUUAUCCCUUUAAAUCCUUUAUUACAAUGAAUUCUUCCUUGCACAAUGAAUUUAUUCAGUUCAUUCUGAAAGCAAUCUUUUUAACUUUUUUUUAAAAAUUUAAACAUUAAAAAUAGUGAAGUGUAGUUGCUGUAUAGUAUUUGAAAGACAUACUUCCAAAAUUAUUAUCUAAGGUGUAAGGUAAAAAAAUCUUCAACAAGUUCAUGCUGGUAGCACAAUUAUUGUUGUGGGAAGAGCUUCUUUAUGAAAAAAAUAUUUCAGCCCAACUGCCUGUUAAUAUCUAUCUUGUGGUAGUACCAAGUUGUUAUAUUUUCAUAAAUUCAUACACUGAAGGUUAUUCAAUGCGAGGUUAACAAAAUACUCCAAAUUAAUUUGCGAGACAUAAAUAUGUCAAAUUAUUUUUGCAACAGAUCUCAGCAAUUGAAAUAUAUGACACUCAAUUUUUUCUCUAAAGAUGUUAUUAAUCUACAUUCAUCAGCACAUCAAUAAUAAAUAACUUUCGUUACCACACCCCAUUCUACAGUGAUUUGGAGACAAAAGGGAGAUUUCUCACAUUUAUUUGGAGUACUACAAUAAACUAGCCAAGAUGAGUUAAGUAUGUCCAUUUUUCUCAAUAUCAGUGUUCUUUUUAAUGGUACAAAUGAAGGCAAAUACACUCUUAAGCCACAGAGUUGGUUUCAUGGCAUUAUAUAACCAAAUAGUUUUUGUCUUUGAAAAGUUCUAAUUCUAAAUAUUUUGAUAUGCAAAUGAAGAAGGACUAAACUUUUUGCACCAUUUUUCAAUUUAGCUAUUUAAAUAUUUCCUGAUUUUUGAUUGAAAUGGUUGAGUUUUCUCUUCAGUGCAAACUAUAUAAUCCUAGCCAUAGUUGUUCAUACCAUGACAUUUGUACAUAUCUUUUUUAACGUUGAUCUGGUUUUCUGUCUGUUAACCACAUUCUGGACAAUAAUUAUGAAUAACAGGCUGUUUAGUCUGAUGGAACAUAUUUGCAAGGACAAUGUUUUGACACUGCCUAGUGAAUACUUAUUAACACCUACAUUCUUGCUAGCAAGCAGAACAAACCAGGUCCUCACAACCAGGAAGUUAACAGUCUGUCCAAGAAAAUCUCUUUCAAACCAGAUCAGCUUCUCAGCAAGCCUUGUUAAUUGCCCACAUUAUAAUAUUGAUGGAUAAGGUAGAAAAGCGAACAAACGUGCCUUAACUUACAUAAAACGUAUGGUAAAUAAGAAAAAUUGAAACUAGAUUACCAUGUAGUAGCCUGAAAACUGACAUUUCUUGCUUUUACUUCUACACGUGUUAAUGAUACCACAUUUGUCUUAUAUUAUCAAUUUAAAAUAUCAACUAAUUAGCACAUUUAAUGGUCAAAAACGUUUCAUAAGAGAAAAACAUCAAGAGCUCGAUAACUUCUACAUACACAAAUUUCUUAAGAACUUGUGGCUUUGAAAGCAUUUUAUUUUAACAAUUGACUGGAUCAAUGCAUUUUUGCCAAGGACAAACAUAUGAGCUAAAUAAAUUUUGAAAGGCUACCACUCAAAAUAAGCAGUUCAUAUAAAUUUAGAAUACAGUGAUAAUUUAGUUCUAAAUUUGCCCAUCAAUUAGGUUUAAGACCAUCCCUCAUCACAUUAAUUUUGUUAUUAUAGUGUAACAAUAAUAAUAUUGUUAUAAGUAGGUAUAAAUUUUAACAACAUAUUUUAUUCAUUUCCAGAAUUCUGUUCGGCACAACCUCUCAUUAAACAAGGCAUUCUGCAAGUUGGAGAGACCUCAGGGUGCCUCACAGAGAAAAGGAUGUCUGUGGUCACUUAAGCCAGAGAGACGUGAACAGAUGGAUAAAGAGAUCAGAAAGUGGAAGAAGAAGCAUACAGAAGCUAUCAGAGCCAGCAUGGCAAAUCCAGGUAAUUAGUUAAUGUUAUGAUGUCAUGGCUGAAUUCACUAAUGAGCCAGAUAAAAGGAAUCCUGUGUUCUGAUUGGCUAAGGGUGGAUUUCCACUGUCGCAUAAUUUUAACAUUUGUACGCACAUAACAUUUCUGUGCAUAAAUAAAAUAGAGACAAUGUAUAAAUGACCACACAUAAACUUGCCUCUGUUUUAUUUAUGUGCAUACGCACAUAAAAAUUUCGCGACAGUGGAAAUCCACCUUUACCGAUUGUGCAAGAAAAAGUCCUCUUUUGGCUAUAAUAAAUUAUAAUAAAUUUUAUUUAUUAUUUAAAUGAUUUAAUCAUUUUUGGCUAAGGGAAAGUUCAUAAUAAAUUAUAAUAAAUCAUUUAAACUGACCAAGGAGGGGGGCUCGAAAAUUUGUAAUUCAGUCAAGAUGGUUUUUGUUUUGAUGGCCUCAGCUAUUUCUUUUUGCAAACAUUAAUUUCACCCCAAAAAAAAGUAAAAAAAAAUCUCAAGUUUGUCAUAGCGGUAAAUAUAUUUAAUACAGUCUACAUUAUAUCCAGCAUCUUGAUCUCAUUGGUCAAUAAUGUCAUAGGUGGUUGGUUAAUGGCCUCUUUCUUUUUUUGAUAUCUUAGCCAAUAUACAUUAUAUCCAGCAUCUUGAUCUCAUUGGUCAAUAAUGCAUAGAGCUGAUAUCAUUUUGGAUUAUGGAGUAUUGGUAAAGGAUGGGUGGGGAUGUGGGAUAAUCAUGGCAAAUGAACCUAAAAUACCAAGAAAUUAAUGUUUACUUCAAUCUGCUGUUAACGGUUUUGUAGAUUUGUAUUCUGAGUGUUUUUGUUUUGUAUUCAUUUCAUUCUCAGAAGAACUGUCCAUUUCAAAUGAUGACCUGGACAGUUCCCCUGAACAGAUCCUGUCCCAAACAGAAAACUGUGAGGACAUAGCAGCAGCUGAUGCCGCAAAGGAACUCUUUGGCAAUGACUUGAUUCAGGAAAUUCAACAGAAUGACGUCCUUGACUGGGAUGACAUUAUUUCUCAAAGUACAGAGCUACCGAUUGAUCCUACACUUAGCACUUGCACAACUUUACCAAUGUCGACAACACAUCUCAAUGGAAUGCAGGGAUGUGACACUAUAACCACUACAGUAGAAAUGGAUAACUCAGCACAAUAUUUUGUAAACAGUGAUGGGCAGGAUUUUGACAUCCCUUUACCAUACAGCAUGUCACACUACUAUGGCAUGCAACCUCAACAACAUAUCAAUGUGGGCUUUUGA